AUGGCUUCUGCUGAAGGAGGCGACAAGUACCGGUCGUUCCUGCACAGCGAUGGCGAGAAGAACACCGUGUGGAGGCAUGGAGCCCCUGUCGCCCCUCCCAACUAUGACCUGGUGAACAAGCUCUUCGAGGAAGAAAGGACCAAGGAAUGGCCGGAGGGGUCUCUGGAAGAGAAGGUGCAGCACCUUCUCAAGAGCUGGGAGAUGGAGAUGGUCCACAAGGUGCGCCCUGGGGACCAGAAGAGCGUCCACCCCAAGAAUUACUCCGCGAGCACCAACAGACUGAAGCCUCUGACACGGGAGGAGGUGAUCGCCAUCAGUGGCUAUAACGCGUUCCUGGCGACCACCCUGUCACCGAAGCACCGCAUCUACAACUCGGGCAAGGAGACGGACGAUUCUGGCAUGUUGAUGUUCCUCACGGCGUUCCCCAGGGGCUUCGCCAUUGAGGUGCUAGACGUGUACAAUGGCCCGCCGAGGGUUGCCUUCAAGUUCCGACACUGGGGUUACAUGGAGGGGCCGUUCAAGGGGCACCCUCCACACGGCCAGAGGGUCGAGUUCUUUGGGGUCUGCGUCUUCCAUAUAAGUUCCACAGUUGACGAGGACACGUGGGUGGAGAAGGCGGAGUACUUCUACGAGUGUGGCAACUUCCUCGUGAGCUUCUUCAGCACGCCUGCUUCUGCUGCUGUUGCAUCGGCUUUAGGUUGCCCUCUGAUGAGAGUUGGUCUUAACAACAUUAAGGUGACUGACUUUGUGAACGUCACAAUACAAUCACUGAUGAGGAUUGCCCCUUUGAGAAAUUUCUUUCUUAUACCUGAAAAUUAUCAGCAUAGCAAAUCCCCACUAGUUCAUCGGUUUGGAGAACUAACUCGGAAGAUUUGGCGGCCCAGGCAGGUAGAGCUGCGCCGGGACUGCCCCUACCUCGACACCGUCAAUCGACAGCUCUAG